GCGUUGCUUUACUGCCAUGACAAAAUAGCAUCACGUGACUUUAGUCCACAGCUAAGUGAAGAGUUUGAUGCGCAUAAUGGAGACGAACAAACCGAACAUGUUACUGUAAUACAGUUUAUAAAAACAAGCGAACCACUUGGUGCAACUUUACAAUACAACGACGAGACGGGUUCUUUACAAAUAGCAAGAAUCAUGGUCGGCGGGGCAGCAGAUAGAAGUGGGUUGUUACAUAUUGGUGAUGAAAUUUUAGAAGUUGCUGGUAAUAGUGUGCGAGAUAAAACACCGGAUGAAGUUGUACAAAUGCUGGGCAAGAUGACUGGUUCGAUCUCAAUGAAAAUUGUCUCAGGGGCUAGUAGGCUUGUCACACUCAGAGAAAGUAAGAUGAGAGUGCGGGCAUUCUUUGAUUAUAAUCCAAUCAAUGACGUCUUGAAUCCAUGUCCCGAUGCUGGCUUGAACUUUUGUCGAGGGGAGGUCUUGCACAUUGUGAGUCAAGACGACCCCUGGUGGUGGCAAGCACGAAAGGAGGGGGAGCUAACUGGUAAAACCGGACUCAUACCUGCGAGGCAGCUUCAAGAAAGGACUGAAAUGAUGAAGCGUUACCAUAGCGACGAAGAUUUACGUGACUGUACAGGGCGCUCUUCUCGUGGAACAAGUCCUUGUCGAAUUAGCCCUAAAGUACCUCGAUCCCGAAGAAUAAAGAAAACAAUGUAUCAGGCGCAGCACAGUGGAGGUACACCUGAGAUCUACCGUAGAG